AAUUUCAGUUUAAACACAUCACUAUACUGGAAGAGAAGACUGACUUGCUCAGUCUUCUUUAGCUUUGAUAAAGGAGAGACAAAGGGGUGGAAGGAGCAAGUAAGCAAAGAGUGAGAGGCAACUGGAACCAUUCUUGGACUCCUGGUGUGUGGAACAGAAAGCUCUUCUAGGUUACCAUGGCAUCUGGACCCAACAUGAUGAACCCCAUUUGUCUGGUGGAAAAUGACAAUGAGAUUCUGUCAGUGAACCAGGAAGCUCUACAGAUUCUUGAGAAGAUUUCUCAGCCAGUGGUGGUGGUGGCCAUUGUAGGACUGUAUCGUACAGGCAAAUCCUACUUGAUGAACCGUCUUGCAGGACAGAACCGUGGUUUCCCUCUGGGCUCCACAGUGCAGUCUGAAACCAAGGGCAUCUGGAUGUGGUGUUUGCCCCACCCCUCCAAGGAGAACCACACCCUGGUCCUUCUGGACACCGAGGGCUUGGGGGAUGUGGAAAAGGGUGACCCUAAGAAUGACUCGUGGAUCUUUGCCCUGGCUGUGCUUCUAUGUAGCACCUUUGUCUACAAUAGCACAAGCACCAUCAACCACCAGGCCCUGGAACAGCUGUACUAUGUGACAGAGCUCACAGAACUUAUCCAGACCAAGUCCUCUCCAAGACCUGAUGGAGUAGAAGAUUCCACAGAGUUUGUGAGUUUCUUUCCAGACUUUAUCUGGGCUGUUCGGGAUUUCACCCUGGAGCUGAAGUUAAACGGUCACCCUAUCACAGAAGAUCAGUACCUGGAGAAUGCCUUGAAGCUGAUUCCAGGCAGGAAUCCCAAAGCUAGAACAUCCAAUCUACCCAGAGAGUGUAUCAGGCAUUUCUUUCCAACACGGAAGUGUUUUGUGUUUGAUUGGCCAACAAAUGACAAAGAACUCCUAUACAAUAUUGAGAAUGUGUCUGAAGACCAACUGGAUCCUAAAUUCCUGAAACAAACAAACAAUUUCUGUUCUUACAUCUUUACCAAUGCAAAAAUCAAGACUCUCAAAGAGGGGAUCAUGGUCACUGGGAAUCGACUGAGGACUUUGGUUGUGACCUAUGUGGAUACUAUCAAUACCGGAGCUGUACCUUGCUUGGAGAAUGCAGUGACAACUCUGGCCCAGCUGGAAAACUCAGCAGCUGUGCAGAAGGCAGCUGGCCACUACAGUGAGCAAAUGACCCAGCGACUGAGCCUCCCCACCGAGACGUUCCAGGAACUGCUGGACCUGCACACAGCCUGUGAGAGGGAAGCCAUCGCCAUCUUCAUGGAGAGCUCCUUCAAGGACAAAGAUCAGGAAUUCCAGAGGGCUCUUGUGGAUGUCAUAAAGAAUAAGAAGGAGGGUUUCAUGCUGCAGAAUGAAGAGGUAUCUAUCAAAUACUGCCAGGCUAAACUUGAUGAGCUUUCCAAGGCCCUAAUGCAAAGUAUAUCAUCAGGUGCUUUCUCUGUUCCUGGAGGGCACAAACUCUACAGGAAAGCAAUGGAAAGAUUACAACAGGACUAUUGCCAACUGCCCAGGAAAGGAGUAAAGGAAGAUGAAGUCCUCCAGAGCUUUCUGCAGUCACAGGUGGUAGUCGAGAAAUCCAUCCUGCAGGCAGAUAAAGCCCUCACUGAUGGGGAGAAGGCUAUAGCAGAGGAGCGGGCCAGGAAUGAGGCAGCUGAGAAGGAAUGGGAGCUGCUAAGACAGAAACUGCAAGAGCAGCAGCAGGAGAUGGAGGCGCAACAGAGGAGUCUCCAGGAAAACAUAGCCCAGCUGACAGAGAAGCUGGAGAGGGAAAGAGAAAACAUACUGAGAGAGCAGACUAUGAUGUUGGAGCAUAAGCUGAAGGCACAGGAAGCUCUGCUUAAAGAAGGAUUUGGACAGAAAUCUGAGAAUAUGAGUGCAGAGAUAAAUCAUUUGAGAAAUAUGAUUGAUAAUACUAAUGAUGGUUAUGCUUCCUGGAUUUCACUAGUCUUGGACAGAUUUGGCAAAGAGAUUGCUUCAGUAUUGUGUGUUCCAGGCAAACUUCUUGGUCAUAUUGUGGAAGGCGUGAGCUCCCUAUUUAAAAAGUAGAUCUCCUUUUAAAGAAAUUAAAGAUAUAUAAUAUAUGUA